CCUUUCCAUAAAAUAAUAUGAAACAGAAUCAAUUUAUUUAUAAAAUCUCGAUGCGUAAAUGAAACAUUACCUCUAGAUCUAACGCCCCAUCGAUAUUCUAAAAAUAAAUGCGUCUUGCAGUCUCUAUAAUAAUUUCCAGUAGCCUGGAGUCAGCCAAACCGAUUUGACAUUUGGCAUUCCCGCCCUUUUAAACGUCAAACUUUAAUUUCGGAUACAUUCCCGAAAUAAAGUGCAAAUAAAAUUAUGACAUUAUUUAAAUUGUGCUUGUAAUAUUGUUGAAUUAAUUUUGAACAAUUAAUAAAUGAAAAUAAAUAUGGAGUCGCUCAAAUCAGUAAGAUUGACAGUGAUAAUAUUUUUAAUUUGUCUGUGUGUUGAAAGUAAGGCGAAGUUAAAUGAGAACAAGACAACAGAUCAUUCAGCCGAAGUGAAAAGUCCUAAAAAGAUGAACGAGGGAGCCGCUCUCAUAUUCGCCGACGAAUUUAAACAGACGCUUGACAGAUACCUCUUCGGUAUCUGCCCUCAAAGCUUCAAGUCUCGUUGGUUGCAGAUGUCUCUGAAGGGGAAGAACGGUACCGCCGUGGCCUGCGAUCUCGACGCUGAUCAGCAGGACUUGGCUGGGAGACUGGCGACGCUAGCUCUCCGCGCGCACACGGCCGCGCGCUCGGACUGCGGCCGGCUCGGCGCGGCGCUCGCGAACACGCUCGGCGAUCUCGCGCGUACUGCCGCCAACAGACAAAUAUUAGCUGCAGCUAGCAACGAACAAAAGAAGAGGAAAUUAUCAAAGAGCCAGAAAAUGAAAAUCCAAGCGAAGCAGAGGACAGCCCUAGCUGUCAAAAAGAAGGCAGCCGCUGCCGCCGCCGCCGCCGCGGCCAAGAUGGCGUCUUAAGGCGGGAAAAUCUGACAGCCGUAUUACAGUUACAAAAAAACGUUUCGAUAUAAAUUUAAUAAAAUGUCUCUUUUCUCUACUAUUCACUACAAUGAAGGCUUAGGGCGACAUUUUGUGGAUUCAAUCUCUGAAUAAAACAAGCAUUUGUGGAAUUCAGGAAUGCUUGUUCUGAGUCUGGGUGUUUUUGUGCAUGUGACAUGAAUGCUUGUUGAAACUGCGAAAAUAGGAUUGAAUUCCUUAGCACGGGAGUCGUUUAAGAAAAAGUCCCCUGUAUUUGUUGUUCGUCGCAUCGUUCUUGCAUACGGCUGUUGGUGCAUGAAAAAUAAUUGUCACAAAAAUAUUAAAAAAGAAAUGGCUAAAAAAAACUUAUUAAGUCGUCAUUUCAAUGUUUUACGGCCAUUUUUACAACUUUAGAUUUUCGAUUUUUUGAUCGAAUAAGACUUUGCAGGCGAAAUUUAAGUUGCACAUUGAGACAGAAUAAAACAAUUAAAUGAAUUUUCAAUGUUUCAAAUGUAAAAAGAUAUUUACUAUACAUAUUAGAAAACCAGCCGAACUUCGCUAGGUUAGGAAAAUCACGAAAAUACGUAAAAUUACGCGCCAUCUUGAAAAUUUUUAUUAUUUCUUUGUUGUACAUGUAUGUAUUUAUUAAUUAUAAUUUAAAAAUAGUUUUAAGUUAUCUCAUAAGCUUACUGUAAUAUACCUACGGUCAAUAAAAAUAUUUUCGUAAAA